AUAAAUAAAAGUCAAGAUCAUUUUUCUGAAUAAAAAUCAGUGAGCAUAUUGUAAAUAUAUUGAGUAGUUUAUCGUCGACAAAAUGUCAAAGUCUAUAAUAUAUACAAGUAUAUUUUAUUUAAUAGUUAUUGAAUUAGCAAUAACAGAAGCUGCUCCACAAUCGGAUAUUAAAGAAUUACAAAACUUGUUGCAAGCGCUAAGCGAAAAUUGUGCAAGAAAAGCUAAAAUUUCACAACACUUAGCGACAAAUAUUGAAAAUGGUAUAUUUGAAGACGAUGCUAAGUCAAAAGCUUAUGUUGCGUGUAACUGGUUGGACUCGACUGUGAUAGACGAGCAGGGAAAUUUAAAUGAGGAUAUACUGGAUCACCUUUGUCCACCAUCCAAGAAACCCCAAUUGACGAACUUGAUUAUAAGGUGUCAUAAAGCACAACCAAAAAAUCAAUCUGUCGAGGACAUAAUAUACGGAAUGUCAAAAUGUAUAUAUCCCGAAGACACAACAUUAUUUAAAAUAAAAUAAGCAAACGUUCCCAUUUCUACGAUAGGUAAUGAAAGUUCCCGUUUCUAAGAAGAUAGAUUUAUUUGUAUGUUGAUAUGUUUUUACUCUUUAUAAAUAAAUCAAUAAAAGACUAAUUGUU